CCCCCUCCCGUUGCAUCGUCCCAGGAACCACCAAAGUUUCCUAUUGACUAUUUUGGAGACACCUCGGCCAGCGCUCCCCCAUCCCCAAGACCCGGGAAGGAGCCUCAGGUCCUUCCCUCUCUCUUCGUCUCUCGUUCAGUCGAGCAGACUUCCCUUGAGCGAAGAGUCGUAGCGUUGACGACCAAGGAAAGGCGCGCGUGGCAAUCAGCUGCGAGGAGCUGUGUGGAGAGUGAGGGAAGCCAUAAGCAACAAUGAGUUUCCUCGCCGAUUGGAUGCCUUUGGAACUCUUUAGCAGUGGAGUCGGUAUAAAAGAGGAGCCCAACGACGGGGUCACCGAAGAGACAUGUCUGGGUAUUAAGGACGAACCACUGGGUUUCGGAGAGGAAGCGUUGGAGGAAGUGAGCGACGGGAAAGUGAAAUCUGACCUAAGACAUGAAGCCAGAGAAAAGGACUCGUGUGACCUUGUUCAGGAUCGUAAUGACAUCUUAGGAACGCCAUUUGUGGCUGAGGACAAUGGGAGCAAGCGUUCAUCAGAUGGGAAUCAGUCUAUGUACAAGGAAAGUCUUGAGGGGGAUGUACAACGAAGAACGAGAUCUACAUUGAAACGUUUUGCAUGUGACGUGUGUGACAAGAAAUUCUCUUCUCGGAGUAAGAUCGAAGUUCAUAUGAGAACCCACACAAAGGAGAAGCCAUACAUGUGUAAUAUAUGCAAUAGGACAUUUCCUGUGAAAAGUUUUCUAGUAAAGCACAUGAGAGUGCAUUCGAAUGAAAAGCCAUUCAGAUGUGAUAAUUGUAAUAAGGCCUUCCCAUGUAAAAAAUCUCUUGCAUAUCAUGUCAAAAGACAUACAAAGGAAAAUUGCUGCAAGAUUUGCAACAAGGCUUUCACACUAAAGACUGAUCUUGUGAGACAUAUAAGAGUACAUACAAAGGAGAAGCCAUACAGCUGUGCGAUUUGUAACAAUACUUUCACACGAAAGUCUGAUCUCGUGAGACAUAAAAGAGCACAUACAACAGAGAAGCCAUAUAGCUGUGAGAUUUGUAACAAGGCUUACACACGAAAGGGUGAUCUAGUGACACAUACAAGAGUACAUACAAAUGAAAAGCCAUACAGCUGUGAGAUUUGCAACAAGGCUUUCACACAAAAGGCUCAUCUAGUGAGACACACAAGACUACAUACAAAAGAAAAGCCAUAUAUCUGUGAGAUUUGCAACAUGGCUUUCAGUCAAAAAACUAAUCUAGUGAGUCAUAUGAGAGUUCAUACAAAAGAGAAGCCAUACAGCUGUGAGCUUUGCAACAAGGCUUUCACACGAAAGUUUGAUCUAGUGAGACAUAAAAGAGCACAUACAAAAGAGAAGCCAUAUAGCUGUGAGAUUUGCAACAAAUCUUUCUCAAACAAAAGGGAUAUAGUGAAUCAUGUGAAAGUACAUACAGAUGAAAAGCCAUACAGCUGUGAGCUUUGUAACAAGGCUUACACACAAAAAACUAAUCUAGUGAGUCAUAUGAGAGUGCAUACAAAAGAGAAGCCAUAUAGCUGUGAUUUUUGCAACAAGGCUUUCUCAGGCAAAAGGAAUCUACUGAGACAUGUGGAAGUACAUACAAAGGAGAAACCAUAAAGCUAUGAGAUUUACAAAAUGGGAUUUUCACCGAAACACAGUAUGGUGAUGCACAUGAGACUGCAUGCAAAAGAGAAAUGAUGUAUGAAAUAGAACCUCAGAAUUGUUACCUAGUUCCACAUAUGAGAAUACGUACAAAGAGAAGCCAAACAGCUGUGAGAUUUGUACUUGCUCUCUGUCUAUAUGUAUUUGUACACAGAGGCCACGAAGCAUGUACAAGGGCCAUAAAUAUACUUUCACCCAUAAAAGAUAUCUGAGAAGCAACAAUCAGUAGCAUAUUGAAUCCCAAAGGAACACACUUACUCUUGACAUUAUUUGGGAUGAAUUGGCCUAAAGUUUAUAGGAUUCCUUUUUUCUGAUAUAUUUUGUAAAUCAUAUUUUCCAUGUGUAGUUCUUUCCAAGCACAAUAAACUUAUGUGUAUCAUGACCUGUAUUUUAGUCUCCAUUAAUUUCUUUGUACAGGGAAACCCCUUUCUGUUGUCAUUUAUCAGGGGCGAUCCAAAGUGAAAUGCUACUGGUCAUAAUGUUGUGCUUGUUAAUUAAAACACUUACUCUGGCUCAUGAAAGAGUGUACAUAGCUCAAUGCCACCACCCGAUUGGUACGUUCGGGAACGACUGAAAGAGGAUGCGGUGUCAGAAGUUGUGGAAAGGAAGGACAGUAUUGUAUGUAUGUAUGUGUGUGGGAGAUGCUGUGCAAAUGAGCCGAAGUGUGGUAGGCGUGGUUAGAAUCCCGAAAAGAGGCUUGUGUAGAUACUUCAUUUAUAUUAUAGGG